GUGACCAGUCCCAUUCAUCCCCGCAGAACACGACGAUGGUGUGACUACAGACCCGGAAGAAGGUAAAUAAUCAAAUUUCUGGAGCUGCCCGGAGUUAACAGUGGAUUACGGAUUGCCCAAAGAAAAAACAAAGAAUGGUGUCUUUUUUGGGUAGUUACUAGAUAAGCCAAUAGAGGUUCUCUUUUCGUGUUGACGAGUCCGGUGCUUGGAACUCGGAAAUUUCAUCAUCUCGACUUCUCCCGGGAAGGAGAACGAUUGGAAAAAGGGGGGGCGAUCACCAAGAGAGGAGAAAUGGGGAAGCAGAGAUCACUGAGGAGUAAAGCAGUUCAUUUUGUGUCUGAUCUCACCACUGGCCUUCUCAAUCCUAUCUCUGAUAAACCUUCUUCCAACAACCAUCCUCCUCCAUCUCAACCUCAGGAUAAUCAGGAUGACUCGAAAAGUAGUUCACUAGAAUCAAUCACUGAAGAAGAUAGUGUCGAUCCACUUUAUGGGCCAGAUACCUCUUCUUUCAAGGCAUUUCUCUAUUCGUUAUUGUCUGCUUCUGAGCCUGGAAGCAAAGCUGAAUCAGAUGCUGAAAAUGAAUAUCAAGGAGAAAUGGGCGGGGAUCAGCCAUCUGACGGUGAAACGAAAGGGAACAGUGGGAAGAAAGGCUUAUUGUCUAAGGGGAAACAAUCUCUUAAAAACAUGUACCAAUACACUAGAAUCAGUGGGUACUGGAGUCAAGAGCGGAAGGGUGAUUCUAAGUCCAAAUUUGUGAAUGAAGUCAGUCCUGAUAACUUUGAUGGACUUGAGAUGAAGGAUAUGCAGCCAAAUGGGAAGCCGCCUGUUGCUUUAGAACAUCUUCCUGACAUUUCUGAACCAUCAUUACUUCUCUCGGAAAAGACAAGAACGGUGCUCUAUGCUUCACUCCCUGCUUUGGUGAAAGGGAGGAAAUGGUUAUUGCUCUACAGUACAUGGAGGCAUGGGAUUUCACUCUCAACUUUAUAUAGAAGAAGCAUGCUUUGGCCUGGUCCCAGCCUGCUGGUUGUUGGAGACAGAAAAGGUGCGGUUUUUGGUGGCUUGGUUGAAGCACCACUGAGACCAACAAACAAAAAAUAUCAGGUAACUUGUCGGGCUUCUAUUUACUUAUGCUUAUUAAAAUUUGAAUGGAUACUGAACCUUAGAUAUUUACAGGGAACAAAUAGGACCUUUGUCUUCACAAAUACAUCUGGAAAUCCUGUUAUAUUCCAUCCUACAGGUGCAAAUCGAUAUUACACAUUGUGCUCGACCGACUUUAUAGCAGUUGGUGGUGGUGGCCACUUUGCGCUGUACUUGGACAAUGAACUGUUGAACGGAUCAAGUUCAGUGUCGGAAACAUAUGGAAACCCUUGCCUCGCAUUCUCAGAGGACUUUGAAGUGAAAGAGGUGGAGUUGUGGGGGUUUGUGUAUGGUACGAAGUACGAUGAACUACUUGCUGCCAGUAGAACGGAAGCUCCUGGGAUUUGCCGAUGGUGACAGCGUAGAAAAGCUGCCAGCCAUUUCCUUAGAACUGGAGAUGCUUCUUUCAUUUUUGUUGUACGCAAGGAUAAGAAAGAUGAGGCCGAGGCAAUCUAAUUACCGCAUGUACAUAGAGACACAGACACUCACCUUUUAUGUAUAAACGAAAUUCAAGGAAGAUGACGCCGAGGCAAUCUAAUUAGUACCGCAUGUACUUUCUUUUGACAAUAGAAGCACUUGUAUUGCAUUGAGAAUCACAGUUACAAGGAGCGGGAUAAACACAAUGAAAGCAAAACAACAAUGAACUCAAAAGUCAGAGCAAUCCAAACCAAAAGCAAAAGCCAGAAAGAACUGGAAAAGAUUGAAUCCAACAGAAGAAUCCAAAACAGAAGGCUAUCAAAGUGAACCCAGAACCCCUUGCUUCCACAACAAUCAGCACAGCACAAGCAAGGUUUCAACUCGCCCGAAACCAGACAAGCCCAUGGCUAUUGAACAUUGCAACGCCAUAAGCCGCCACCUGGGGAUCGUUCAAAGACGACCCAUCACAGUGAAUCUCAUGGAAGAGAAAACUCGGCGGUGAGCAGGCUGAAACCGGGAUGCUCUGAGCUGAAAGAGGCCGAGGAAGCCGGAGGCAUGGAUGACCAGGAAUCGGGAAAGAGAAGAUUCAUCUUCACCAUCUCCAGAGAACCAGCGAACCACAACCCACAACACCAAAAAUGACACCAGACCCCCACAACAGUCAACCUACAGGAAUCAAGCAAACCAAAGGUAGAAGGAAGGGAGGAACAGUGAAUCUGUCCACCAAAAGAGAUGAGCACACCAACAUGGAGCAGACCCCCAACAGCAAACCACCAUUAGAAGCUCCCCAAGCUGCAAUUUUUGGAUCCAAUGAGCAAGGCCAAACAGAUCUACGAACCAGAAAAACACUGUGGAUAAAACCACUUGGAGAAAGACAACAAGGAUCUGGAAAAAGCCAACAAGGGCAAGAGAAAGGCAGCAGGACAAACAAGAAAGAAAAAAAACAGGAAAGAAAACAGGUUGGGCCACCGCCGGACACCCAGGGGAACCGGCGGCAGCCCUGAAUAGAAGGGGGGGAAAGUGAAAAACCAAAGUUUAGAGAGAAGGGAGA